AUGGCGAACCGAGUCUCCUAUCUGCGUUCACCGUACCUGCUGCUUUUCCGACUUCGGUGUUUCAGAACUACUAUGGUUCGUAGUCACAAAAAUACGCCCUCGGGUGAUCCUCGAAAGCUGACCUUGACUGUCUUGAUAUCAGUCACCCCUGGGCCGACCACGGACAGUCAACCUCAACCCGUGAUUAUUGACCCGGUGUCAAACGUGACCUUCCCUUUUAACCUCACAAACCCAGACAGGACACCGACUCAUGGUCUGGACCCAAUUCUGUAUCCCCCAGCUCUGGCCAACCUGACAUACAAAGAUGCCAACACCCUAGUCCACGAUGCCAUCAACUCAAUCUGGGCCAUCUUGGAAACCAACACAUCAGACAACUGCUCCAAAUGCACAGCUUCCCUGUUGGUCGGUCAAACCGUGGCCAGAUUUGCGCCUGCGUGGUUGCCUGAGGUUAUGAUAUCCCUUUGCAUUGGGACAGGAUUUCAAACAGCAACUGUGUGUGAGCAGACAUACCAGGCCGCCACUUACGGCGCUCCAUGGACACAGGUGUUGACUUUUGCCAAUGUAUCGGGACUGGAUGGACAGUAUAUCUGCGCCUGGCUGAGUCCUACUUUCUGCCCUCCACCUACAGUCGUUCCAUAUAAAGUCCAUUUUCCAAAACCAAGGCCGGAAAAAACCAAAACACCAUCCAGGAGCGGGAAAAGAGUCAAGGUUCUGCACCUGUCGGACCUUCACCUGGACACCCGAUACAAAACUGGUUCUGAAGCAAACUGUACUGCUGGGAUGUGUUGCAGGAUCUCCUCAACCAACUUUGCGAACUUGAACUCAACUCAAGCUGUUAUCAAUCAGCCGGCACCACUUUUUGGUUCUUACAAGUGUGAUUCUCCCUACUACCUAGCACUUGCCGCGCUCCAAUCCAUUCAGCCCCUGACUGGUGUUUCAAUCGAGAACCCACCAGCGUUUACUUUGUACAGUGGCGACUUGGUUGCCCAUGAAAUAGAAAGUGUGAGCGGAAGAGAAUAUGUACACUCCACGGAGGUGUCCGUUUGGCAAAUGUUCAAGGCAUACAUCGGGGGGCCCAUCUAUGUGGCACUUGGUGGUCAAGUUACUCACGAAAUCCAGAACCACGACUCAGUCCCAACCAACCUCGAAAGUCCUCAUUCCAUCGACCGCAACGGGCCUCUCGGCCAACAGUUCUCCUGGCACUACGAUCAUAUCUCCAAGCUCUGGGAGCACUAUGGUUGGAUUGACAAUGCUACUCAGACCCAAGCUUCUUUGCAUUACGGCGGCUACUCUAUUGGCCAUCCGCUGGGCUUGAGGAUUAUUACAAUCAACACCGAUUUUUGGUACCAAGCCAAUAAUUUUGCAUUUCUACAUGCUGACAACCCAGACUACUCGGGAAUUUUCUCCUUUCUCGUCGAAGAGCUUCAGAAAGCUGAGGACGAAGGCCAACGGGUAUGGAUCAUGGGCCAUGUGCCCACCGGCUGGCAGGGCCAAAAUGCUCUCCCUGGGGGGUCGGAUGCUUUCUAUCAAAUCAUUGAGCGAUACUCUCCGCAUGUAAUUGCUAACGUGUUUUUCGAUCAAGUUUCCAUUUUCUACAGUAACAAUGGAACUUUACAAACAGCAUAUGGUGCUCUUGUUGCGGCAUGGACCGGCCCCUCAUUGACCCCGUUAACCAACCUGAACUCGGGUUACCGCCUGUACGAAGUCGACACUGGCACAUGGGAAAUAUUCGAAGCCUACACUUACUACGCUGACGUCAACACCUUCACUACUCUCAAUGGUACCGGGCCAGUCUUCCAACUCGAAUACUCUACACGCGAGGCCUACAGUCCAGCGGCAGACUGGCCCGAGGGCGAACCUCUAAACGCCACGUUUUGGCAUCGAGUCACAGAAGCUAUGGAAAAGGACAAAGGGCUGGUCAGUCUGUUCAACACCUACCAAGGGAAGAGUAGUAUCAGGAGUCCAAACUGUACAAGUGAUGCUUGCGCAGCAGCGAAGAUCUGCUACAUAAGGAGUGGCAGCACUGCCUUGGGAAGAGCUUGUCCGCAAGGCUUUGGCAGUGUCCAAAGCCCAUACACCGGCGUCAACUUCUGA